GAGGAGAGGCUUCGGGAGAGCUGCAGGAUGCGCGAUCGGAGACAGAGAGGCUGAUAGACUGAUAUCGACUGCGAUAGAGACCGAGUCAGACGGAACCGGAGAGAGGGGGAAGGGGGACGGUAUUUCGGAAUACUUCUUCAUUAACCCCCCCAACCCCUUGAAACGAGCACCCUCCACUUACUUAUUCGUCUGCUGUCCUGUCGAUGAGAUGUCGGUGAACCCUCCCAGCAGUAACGACGCCUGCCUCAGCAUCGUGCACAGCCUGAUGUGCCACCGGCAGGGCGGGGAGAACGAGGGCUUCGCCAAGCGGGCCAUCGAGAGCCUGGUGAAGAAGCUGAAGGAGAAGAAGGACGAGCUGGACUCCCUCAUCACCGCCAUCACCACCAACGGGGCGCACCCCAGCAAGUGCGUCACCAUCCAGAGGACGCUCGACGGCCGGCUGCAGGUUGCCGGGCGGAAGGGUUUCCCUCAUGUGAUCUAUGCCCGUCUGUGGCGAUGGCCUGACCUGCACAAGAACGAGCUGAAGCACGUCAAGUUCUGCCAGUUCGCCUUCGACCUGAAAUACGACAACGUGUGUGUCAACCCCUACCACUACGAGAGGGUGGUGUCCCCUGGCAUCGUAGGCCUCAGUCUGCAGAACACAGGCCCCCAGGGCCGGCUGAUCAAAGAGGAGUUCAUCCACGACUGCAUCCAGAUGGACGGCGGCCCCCCAGGGAUGGCUCCUCAGCCUGAGCACCAGGCGCUGAAGCUGCCCCCGCCCGAACACUACGGCCAGCCCCUGCCCCCGCUGCAGCUGCCCCCGGAGCCGCCCCGCGCCCCCCCGCCCGUCACCCUCUACCCCAACAUGCCCCUCUCCCCGCCCGCCUCCAACCCCAUGAUGUCCAUGCAGGGGGGUCACGGGGAGGGGCUUCUGCAGAUCGGCCUCCCCCCAGGGCCAAGUCAUGACCCCACCCCCCCGCCCACCACCCCCACGCACGGGCCCCCCCAGCCCCCGCCCUCCCAGAACGGCUACGGCACCGCCAAGCACCCGCAGAGCCAGGGGAGCUUCCACACCACCUGGACAGGCAGCAGCACGGCCUCCUACACUCCCGUAGGACCCCAGCAGAACGGGCGGAGCCACCAGCAGCCUCCGCUGCACCACCCCUCCCACUUCUGGUCUCAGCACCACAAUUCAGCCUCCUUUCCACCGCUCGUCUCCAACCAUCCAGGGCCGGAGUUCUGGUGCUCCAUCUCGUACUUCGAGAUGGACGUGCAGGUGGGGGAGAUGUUCAAGGUCCCGGCCAGCUGUCCGGUGGUGACGGUGGAUGGGUAUGUGGAUCCGUCGGGCGGGGACCGCUUCUGCCUGGGACAGCUCAGCAACGUGCACCGCACCGACGCCAGCGAGAGGGCCAGGCUGCACAUUGGGAAGGGGGUGCAGCUGGAGUGUCGGGGGGAGGGGGACGUGUGGAUGCGGUGUCUGAGCGACCACGCCGUCUUCGUCCAGAGCUACUACCUGGACCGCGAGGCGGGGAGGGCGCCUGGGGACGCCGUGCACAAGAUCUACCCAGGGGCCUACAUCAAGGUGUUUGACCUGCGUCAGUGCCACAGGCAGAUGCAGCAGCAGGCAGCGACGGCGCAGGCAGCUGCAGCAGCGCAGGCGGCCGCCGUGGCGGGGAACAUUCCGGGGCCGGGCAGCGUGGGGGGCAUCGCCCCCGCAGUCAGUCUCUCUGCAGCAGCGGGGAUCGGUGUAGAUGACCUCCGCAGGCUGUGCAUCCUCAGGCUGAGUUUUGUGAAGGGCUGGGGGCCGGACUACCCCCGGCAGAGCAUCAAGCACACCCCCUGCUGGGUGGAGGUGCACCUGCACCGGGCCCUGCAGCUACUGGACGAGGUGCUGCACACCAUGCCGCUGGCCGACCCCGGACCCGCCAACUGAGAUACGCACUAUACACACUCACACACAUACACACUAUACACACACUAUACACUAUACACACGCACACACAUACACACUAUACACACACUAUACACAGUAUACACACUCACACACAUACACACUAUACACACACUAUACACACGCACACACAUACACACUAUACACACUCACACACACUAUAUACACACGAUACACACACACUCUAUAUACACUAUACACACUAUACACACACAUGCGCACACACUAUACACACUAUACACACACACACUAUACACUCACACACUAUAUACACUAUACACACUGUACACUCUCAUACACACUAUAUACACACACUCUAUACACACUAUACACUCACACACUAUACACACACUAUACACACUAUACACACACACACUAUACACACUAUACACUCUCUCAUACACACACACACACAGACACACCAUGCCGCUGGCUGACCCAGGACCCGCCAACUGAGAUACGGACUAUACACACACACGUUACACACACACACUCACGCUCACACACACUAUGCACACACACAAACACACCAUGCCGCUGGCUGACCCAGGACCCGCCAACUGAGAUACGCACUAUACACACACUCACACACACUAUACACUCAGACUCACACACACACACACACACACACACACAGAGACUAUACACACACACCAUGCCCCUGGCUGACCCGGGACCCGCCAACUGAGAUACAAACUGACACACACAUUCAUACAGACUUGCACAGAUACACAUUCGCACACUGAGACAUACACUCGCGUUCGUACACACACAGCCGCACACACACGGCUGUUGCCGGCACUAACACGUUGAUGGGCUCACACGGUAGCUGACGCUGGACGCGGUAACUCCACACCUGCUCUGGCUCCCAAACGCUCGACCAAGCGCCUCGAAAAGAACAGCUGGACUAACACAGACCAAAAUUCACAAUCACACACCUCCCCAAACCCCCCCCCCCCCCAAUCGGCAGCCAACGCUCUCAGCCACCCAAUCAGGACCCGCACUGAGGUAGAGGGAAGAGCCGGGAGCCCGGCGACCCAAAACCCCGAAACUCUGGUCCCGUCCCAGAGUCAGAACACACGGACCAUCUCAGAACCGCCACUAACCUCUGCGGACCGUCGCUGCUCAUCCAAGACCAGGACCCGGGUCACUGAACCAGAACCAGAACCAGAACCAGAACCAGGACUGCAACCAACUACAAAACACCAACUGCACAAGACCAAUGAACUUAAUACGGUUCGGGGUCAAUUCGAUUUCAGAUUCAGUCAGUUAAGGAAAUUGAUUGAAAUUCCAUUUCCCAGAUGGAGAAAAAAAAGAAAAAAACAUUCCAUGAGGAUUUUUUUUUUCAGUCAGUGGAAUUUCAAUUCAUAUUCCCAAUUGGACUGAAUUGGGAAGAGAAGGGACCCCCGUGUCCGUGGACUGCGGGACCUCUCUCAGAGCCUGGGAUCCACAGCCCUCACUCCCGGGACCCAGCGAAGGUCCCUGUGUGUAACGUGGCUUUGUGUUACUUCUCUGUAUGCCGUUCUAAACGCUGACCGCCAUCGAGUGGGGCUUCUGCACUGUCCUCAGCUUCACCGACCAAAACUACAACAAAAAAAAAAACUACCAAAAGAAAAAGAGCCAAAAAAAAGUUUUAAGCAGCUUUAAAAACAAAAAAAAAGGUCACGUCAAUGUUAGUGAUUAUACAGUGCAGUAUGUAACAGUUUUGUUUUCGUUUUUAUUUGCCAAAUCAAGUUUUAACUCACCAAAGCCAGUAUACCUCAGUCACAGGCAGUGUGAAUUUUCGCUGUUUCGUUCGUCGGCCGUUGACCCUAACGCACUCUCCUUGGUAGCCCAAAAUGUCUCGUCGCCAUGGUUCUGGGGGCAGCCCCCCCCCCCUGUCCCCCACCCAGCAUGGGGGCAUCCAUUGGUCAGCCGUCGAUUUACUCAGUUUACCCUUUAAAGUGAGGAUGUUUUUUAUGUUUUUUUUUCUUCGUGUUCUAGAACCCUUCUGCUUUCAAUUACCAGAAAUGAUUGUUACAUCAGCAUCAGAAUAUUCAGAUAAGAAUUAGAAUCUUCAGUUAAGAACAUUCUACUUGCAUAUUUGUGACCUCACACCUUGAUGGGGGUUAAUUAGGUUUGGUGCAGAGAUGUUUCAUGCACCUGAGAGAUGUCGUCACAGGCUGCAUCCCCUCACGUGGGGGAAAAUUGCACAACACUUGAGUAUCCCUACAGCAGGGGUUGUGAAUAUCCUGCCGGAUCGAUGUGUGUGUGUGACAGGUGAGAUCCCGCUAUGGAGCAUCAAACCGCUAUCUCCCUGCCCAAGAGACCGCACUCCGGGAGGUGUGUUAGCCUGUUCCGCUAAAGGCCACGGGCCACUUUUCAAGUCUCUCAAGUUUUUUAAGCAGUCGGAGCCCAGGCCCCCUCCUGCCCUUGCAGUAGACGCACACCAAUGUUCUGUUUGUUCAGCACUGGCCCUUCCCAAGGUCUUCUCCUCCUACACCUGUAGCCUCGUGGCUGAGGUUCAUGACUGGAACCCGGAAGGUUGGUGGUCCAAGCCCCGUUGUUGCCAGGAUAAGAUCUGCACAGCUGUCCUUGAGCAAGGCCCUUAACUCCGCAUUGCUCAGGGGGGGGGGGUUGUCUCGUUUAGUCUAAUCAACUAAGUCGCCUUGCGUAAAAGCAUCAGCUAAAUAACAAAUUAUUUAUUAUUAGACCUUCGCCUCCUUUGCUUAUCCCCACAUUAGAACCUUUAGAGUUGUCCUUUCUUGCGUCUUGUAAGGAAGAUCAUUCAAUAAAACCCCCCCCACUGUGCCCCACUGUGAACACGACACUAUGCGAAAAGUGAAAAAUAUGUGUGUACAUAUAUUUGUGUGUAUAUGUCAUUUUGUUCAUUUUGGGGUGGGUCAAUGGGACAGAAUCUCCCCCCAGAGCCAUGGCGAUAUCUCACCAGACACCAUUUCAGUUGAUAAUGUACAAUAAUUAAACGGAUCUAGCUCCGGCAUGGAUAAGUUGCGAGCCCUCGAGUGUUCAGACAGUGGUGGUUUUUAAGUGGCAAGACUUGGAAACGAAUCAUUUCCGUGUUAUACUUUUGCAGCAGGGUUGAUAUCGUACAGGCUCAGGUUUGAGGUGAUGAACAGGCCAUUGGAGUUCAAUGGAAUCAAAAAAAAAAAAAAAAGUUUUUAAAAAAGUUUACUUUUUAUCGAGUAAAACCUCCCAGAAACGCUUUCUGUAACGUUACGUGUGCCUUUAGUGUAUCGUAGAAAUUAAGACACUCAAAAACCCCUCACGCAGGAUUGUAAAACAAUCUCCUCGUCUUCCUCGUCUGUUAAUGUACAAUAGUGCACUGGAUAACAUUGUAAAGAAUGCAUCCCAUAGACCAUAUAUUUUUCUUUAUAUAUUUUUUGUUUUCUGGGGAAAACCAAAAUAUUACAUGCUGUUUUAACAGUGUGAAAGCGCAUGUUUAGCAACAGGACUAGCGUUGCUGUGGGAAUAGCCAAUCACGUUAGCAUGUUAGCGGAGAGCUCUGCGCUAAAUUGAGGCUUAAUGCCUAGUGGGCGUAUUAGGUACUACCUGUGGCCGCAGUUCCUGAACACAUUGCAGUAAAACGCAGUAACACUGUAGAACAGUUUUUAUUUUUUAAAUGCAUGGCGACACACUGAUUUGUCCAUUAUAAAUAAAAACUAUUUUGUUCAAGCUUUAUCUUUGCCUUAUAGAUAGCCAGGAUUGCCUGAGGCGACUGAUAGUAAAUGAGACAAGGUGUGCCGUAGUACUCAGUGUAUUUAGCCCUACUACGUUGCUUGUGCACCGGGUUCGUGGUGCCGAAUGAAGACUGCAUCAGGGGUAUGGUAUUAUGGGAUCAUGUGAAAACCAUGUCGCGCCCUCUACACAAGUAUCCAGUGAUGUUCUGUGUUAUAAUAUUAACUCGCUGUAUUAAUUUCAGUUGUUGAAAUAUGGCACACCACAACAGAACGACAUAAUUUUAGCAUUACGGUCCCCGACAUCUGAUUCAGCUUUAAUAACGGUAUUUCAUCCUUUCAUUCGUCAUGUAAGGCCAACCAAAUGUUAACGGUUUUUAAUCGAACAAUGUCAGUUAUGAGUAAUGAUGUAAGAGUCACAUGACUCAAGUCAAGGGGGGGUAAAAAAAAAAACAAAAAAAAAACGUGAUCGACAGCAUUCCGCCUAUCAAGCAGUUUUGUUCUAUUUUGAAAUAUAAAUAUAUAUAUGACUUUUAUCGAGUGUGAACUUUAACGUUAUUCGAUUCGGCUAUUUUAAUUGUUAUUGUUAUUUCUAUUCUUGUUGUAAUUAUCAUUAUUUGAAUUAUUGUAAUAGGAGAUGCUCCUAUGAUGUUUCUCUGUACACCAAAGUUAAUUAAAAAAAGACAACUGCUAAAAGUCAUUUUGAUAAA